UGCACACCAAAAGAAAACCACGAGCAAAUAGCCUCUAGUUUCUUUCUUAUCCAUCCCCUAUUCCCCACUCUACAAAUAUAAGAAUCCCCUUUGAAUCAACCACCAACACCACCACAAAACCAGUGUGUAUUUCUCCUAUUUCAAGAUUCAAUGUUCUCAAGAUGAGUUCAAGUAGCAGCAGAGCGUGGAUCGUUGCAGCUAGUAUCGGAGCAGUGGAAUCACUGAAAGACCAAGGAAUCUGCAGAUGGAACUAUACAUUAAGGUCAGCCGUCCAGCAUGCCAAGAACCGUGUCAGGUCUGCUUCACAGGCCAAGGUCCUGUCUUCUCAAUCGUCAGCUGCAAUUUCCAAGGGACUGGGCAGGGACGACAAGUCUAAACAAUCGGAAGAGUCAUGGCGGACAAUCAUGUACUUGAGCUGUUGGGGUCCCAACUAAGCCUUAAUUCUUUAGAACAAACAUCCUUCGGGUAAAUCGAAGUCGAACACACCGCGGCAUGGCCGAGUUUUCCACGGGUGGGUGUGUUUGUUUUAAUUUUGUGAUUUCUCUUUCAUUAAAUAUAUUUAAUAAUUGACAUAAA